AUGUUCUUCGUGCUCAACACGCGCACCUUGAUGGAGGUGGUUAUUGAUAUGGACACCGGCAAGGAGAUCUCGGUAGAGGAGGUCAAGGACCACCAUGCGCCGCUUGACCGAACAGAGAUGUCCGAGGUCAAGGAGAACAUUGCCAGAGAUCCCAUAUUCCUUGAGGCGAUCAAGGAGCUCGCCGUGCCGAAAGAGCUUAUUGUGCUUAACCCGUGGCCUUUUGGCUCCGAGGACAAGAACCCUGCAUCGCGGAAAGUUUUCUGUCUCACUUAUCAUCGCAAUCCCGCAACCAAUGAUCCCGAAUCCAAUUACUUUGCCUACCCCUUACCGCUCGCCUUCUACUAUGACAUCUGCGAGAAAAAGAUCACACAUACCCAUUGGUGCUACACCGGUUCUGAAGAGGAUGGUAUGAAGAGUAGAACUGGCCCGCUGGUCUAUCCCACAAAAGAGUACCUUCCAGCAGAAAUUCUGCCAUCACUGCGCGAGGAUGGCGAGAGGACGGACCUCAAGCCCUUGAUUGUUUCCCAGCCAGAAGGUGUCAGCUUUACUGUCAAUGGUCGUUUGAUCGAAUGGCAAAAAUGGCGUUUCCGUGUAGGCUUCAAUUAUCGCGAAGGGCCAGUCCUGCAUGAUGUUACGUAUGAUGGUCGACCUCUUUUCUACCGAAUUUCGCUGAGUGAAAUGCACGUGCCAUAUGCCGACCCCCGACCGCCAGCACAUCUCAAACAAGUCUUUGACUUUGGAGACAUCGGACUGGGACGAAGCGCCAACUCGCUCAAGAAUGGAUGUGACUGUCUUGGCACCAUGAAGUACUUCUCCACUGUCGAGGUCGACCCUACAGGUUUCGCCAAGAAGAUCUCAAGCGUGAUUUGCUGUCACGAGCAGGACAAUGGUAUCUUGUGGAAGCACACGGGUGCGACCGGCGUCGCCACGGUGACUCGCCAACGCCUGCUCGUCCUCCAGACCAUCAUCACUGUCGGCAACUACGACUACGUGUUUGCCUGGCAGUUUGACCAGGCUGGUGCCAUCAACCUCGAAGCCCGAGCCACAGGAAUCCUGUCCACUGCUGCCAUUGACAUGGGCAAAAAGUCACCUUGGGGCACGGUUGUAGCCCCGGGUGUACUGGCCCCUUCUCACCAACACUUUAUCAACGUGCGAAUUGACCCCAUGAUUGAUGGCCAUGAAAAUUCGAUCGUUCAAGAAGAUGUCUAUGGACUUCCCAUCUCGGAGCUCAAUCCUCAUGGCAAUGCCUUUCAUGUAAAGCAGACUCCAAUCACCACGGCCGGUUUCGCCAACGCAUCACCAUCCACCAACCGCUCGUUCAAGAUUUACAACCCAAACAAGAUCAACCCCAUCACCAUGACACCAGUCUCGUACAAGCUGGUACCGCACCCCAGCCAGCUGCGACUCGCGGAUCCCGAUGCGCACAUGACGGGCCGUGCCCCCUUUACCCAACAUCACAUUUGGGUCUCGAGCUACCGGGAUCGCGAGCUGUACUGUGCCGGCAAGUUCACCAACCAGUCCAAUGGAAAUGCCGGAGGGGUAGAAGCCUUUGUGGCGCGCAAGGACAAUGUCGUCAAUACCGAUGUUGUACUCUGGCACACUUUUGCUCUCACUCAUGUGCCUCGCAUCGAAGACUUUCCUGUCAUGCCUGUCGAAACGCACAUGAUCAGUCUCAAGCCGUACAACUUUUUUACGCAAAAUCCCGCAUUGGAUGUGCCUUUGUCCACCCAAGCCUUCAACAAGAGUCAGUAUGUCGAUGUGGAGGAAGACGAUGGCUGCUGCGCAGGUAACGGUGCUUUAUAA